UUCGCCGAUUCUAGUAUUUAAUUUGAGUACGAUAAUAAGGAAGUAUUGGAGCGACCAUCUUGCUCUUCUUUACCACGAAGGACUCGGAGGCUCCGUCAUGAGUUCUUUAAAGUUACAAAAGAGGCUAGCAGCCUCGGUAAUGCGAUGCGGCAAGAAGAAGGUUUGGCUAGAUCCUAAUGAAAUCAAUGAGAUCGCUAAUACCAAUUCUCGCCAAAACAUCCGCAAGCUUAUUAAGGAUGGUUUGAUCAUUAAGAAGCCUGUCGCUGUUCACUCUAGGGCUCGUGUGCGUAAGAACACUGAAGCCAGACGUAAAGGACGUCAUUGUGGUUUUGGUAAACGAAAAGGUACUGCGAAUGCUCGUACUCCACAAAAGGAUUUGUGGAUUCAACGUAUGAGGGUACUUCGACGUCUUCUGAAGAAGUAUCGUGAAACUAAGAAAAUCGACAGGCACCUUUACCAUUCCCUAUACAUGAAGGCGAAGGGUAAUGUGUUCAAGAACAAGAGAGUCCUGAUGGAAUUCAUUCAUAAGAAGAAGGCAGAGAAAGCAAGAGCAGAGAUGCUUUCUGAUCAGGCUGAGGCUCGUCGUACGAAGGUUCGUGAGGCACGAAAACGUAGGGCCGAACGUAUCGCCAUGAAGAAACAAGAGCUCCUACAGUCUUAUCAGCGUGAGGAUGAAGCUGCUGCAGCGCAAAAGAAGUGAUUAAACACCAUAAGUUUUAUUGUAUAAAUAAAUGACAAAAACUAUAACAAACUAG